UCUUCCUUUAUUAGUUCGAAUUGAAUCUUGAUUCAAUCUUUAAUUAGCAGUUUGGUUCUUUGUAAUUCUAGUACUUGUUCUUCAACUUAAUGAGUGAAUUGAUUAAAAAGAGAGUUUUGAUCAGAUAAAAUGGAGAAUGUAAAACAAUGGGAAUACAAGGUAAUUAAGAAGAUAGGAAAAGGGGAAUAUGGGGAGGUGUACCGUUGCCGUCAUCGGAAAACUAAGGAAUGGGUGGCAAUUAAGAUGUUAACUAUCACCAAUAUAGUUGAAGGUGUCCCAAGCCAAAUAAUCAGAGGAAUCUCUCUUCUCAGGACGUUGGAUCAUGUCAAUAUUAUCAGGUUGCUGGAUGUACUGACCAGUGGGAAUUAUGUUUAUCUUGUGUUUGAGUACCUAGACCUUGAUCUUCAUUCAUUCAUAGCCAAAGCAACUACUACUAUGAAAACCCUCAUGAUAAAAGCUAUUCUGAAGCAAAUUUUUAUUAGUGUAGCAUAUUGUCAUGCACUUGAAAUUCUCAACCGAGAUAUAAAGCCUACGAAUAUUCUGAUAGAUCUCAAAAGCAACAUAGUGAAAAUCGCAGAUUUUGGGCUGUCCAGAGCAUUUGGAAUUCCUCUUAAAGAACAUUCUUCCCAAAUGGCAUUUUCCUUGUACACUGCACCGGAGCUGCUGCUUGGCUCCCGGUUAUACUCAACUCCAACAGAUGUGUGGGCUGUGGGUUGUAUAUUUGGUGAGAUGUUAACUCGGGAGCCUCUAUUCCCUCACGACAACCAAUUGCGAGCAAUUCGUAGAUUCACAGGAGAAGUGAGGCAGCAGCCUCGAGUCCCUCAAGACUGUAGGACGGCCGAAUUGCAAUUAGUUCGUAGACUCAAAGGAGAAGUGAAUGUCAUGCUUGAUGAUCCUUGUAUAAAUGCUCUAAACAAGCUUGCAAAAAUGUUGGAAACAUUUCCAGAUCUUGGCCGAGCCGGAAUUGACCUUACUUCUAGUAUGCUUACAUAUAAUCCAAGGGAGAGGGUCACUAUUAACAAUGCGCUUAAGCACGAGUACUUGAAUGAUGUUGAGAUUGUGGCAUUGACACCACCACCCAGGACCAGCCUUUUUUCUGCUUUCCAGUGUUUUAGAUUAAUUACGAAAUCAAAGAAGGCCCCCCAGGUCAACAGACUGAAUUCUUUUGACACAAUGCCAACUGUCAGGAACUUGAAGACCUUUGCUUAUAUUGUGUUGUUAAUUGGUUAA